AUGUUGUUUAAAGGAGUGAAGGAUGGCUGGAUGCACACCUCGAAGCGCCGCGAGGGGAGGGGGCCGGGGGAGGACGCCCGCCGCCCCCACUGGGAACCUCGGCGUCCGGAGCGCGCCGCGCGGAGAACCGGGUCUCUGGGCUCGACCCGAGGAGGUGGCGACCCUGAAGAGACAGCAGAAAACCGGCCACUUGGAAAACUGCCCGAAUUCUUGUUCUCUGCCCAUCCAGGCUCCGGGUCUCCGUUGCGCCCACCGCGCGAGCCGCGGCCCCUCGCCACAAGAGUACCCCGCUGUUUCCUGAGGUCAGGAACAAGAGUGAGGCAGGAGGCUCUGGGCCCAGGUACAGGGGUGUCCGGGCACCGCUGUCCAGCGUCCUGA